AUGGAGGGAGGUUAUCAUGGGGAAAUUGACCUGUACGCAGUGGCAGUGAGAUUAUCGAAAUCAGAUGAAGUUAGCUAUGGAGGGUUAUGUGUUCCUGGAAAGGAUAGAGUGGUUUCUAGAACUCGCGAGAAGAAAUCUCUUCUAGGUUUGGAUGUGCUGGCGAACGCAAAACGAGAAUUGAGAAGUGUUGGAAAACAUAAACGAAGAGAUUUCAGGGAUGAUACUAUUUCAGAGAGUAGAAGUGUGAGGCAAAGAUAUGAUGGCACUGGUCAAAGGUACCGUGAAGACUCCCGGAGAGAGCGAAGCAAAUAUGAAUGUCCGACACCUGGAAGAUCUGUCUGGGAUGAUGGAAGAUGGGAAUGGGAAGACACCCCAGGUAGAGAUGGUCAUUCAACACCUAGUAGGAGGUACCGGCCUUCACCAGCCCCAAUGCUUGUUAGUUCAUCACCUGAUGGUCAUUUGGUGUCCCCAUGGCUGGGCGAUGCACCAUCUUAUGCAAGGUCUGCUGCUUCUCCAUGGGACUAUGUAACCCCAUCUCCAGUCCCGAUACGUGCUUCUGGGACAUCCUCAGUGAGAUAUUCAAGUUCUUCGAAGGAUAAUGGUGUAGAUGAACGUUCUUCCAGUAGGGCAAAAAGUAAUGAGAUCACAGAAAAGUUGCGUUUACAGAUGGAGUACGAUGCUGAUCGAGCAUGGUAUGAUAGAGAUGAGGGUAACACAACUUUUGAUGGUGAUAGCUCAUCAGCUUUUCUUGGGGAUGAGUCUUCUUUCAGAAACAAAAAGGCAGAGGUGGUCAAGAAACUGGUUCGCAAGGAUGGAAGUUUGAUGACACUUGCACAAACCAAAAAAUUAUCACAGAUGACGACUGAUUAUUCACAAUGGGAAGACCGGCAGCUUAUGAGAUCCGGAGCCGUUAGAGGAACAAAGGUGCAAACCGAAACCGAAAUCGAAGAUGAGGAUGAAUGCAGAGUUAAUCUCCUGAUUCAUGAUAUAAAGCCUCUUUUCCUGGAUGGAAGAGUGGUCUUCACGAAACAAGCAGAUCCUGUAGUGCCCUUGAAGGAUCCCACUUUAGAUAUGGCGAUUAUAUCACGCAAAGGAUCUGCUCUAGUCCGAGAAAUCCAUGAGAAACAAAGUCAAAAUAAAUCUCGUCAAAGGUUUUGGGAACUCGCGGGAUCAAAUCUUGGUGAUAUCCUGGGUAUUGAAAAGACAACGGAGCAGAUCGAUGCAGAUACUAAUGCAGUUGGGGAUAAGGGUGAAAUUGACUUCAAGAAGGAUGCUAAGUUCUCCCAGCACAUGCAGGUGAAGGGCGAAGCUGUUAGUGAAUUUGGCAAGUCAAAAACUUUACUGGAGCAACGUCAAUACCUGCCGAUAUAUUCUAGGCGUGAUGAGUUGAUGCAGGUAAUUCGUGAAAAUCAGGUGAUCAUUAUAGUGGGAGAAACUGGGUCAGGAAAAACAACUCAACUUACACAGUAUCUGUGUGAAGAGGGAUAUACAACAGAGGGAAUUGUCGGUUGCACACAACCAAGGCGUGUUGCAGCAAUGAGUGUUGCAAAGAGAGUCAGUGAAGAAAUGGAGACUGAGCUAGGUGAUAAAGUUGGUUAUGCUAUUCGGUUCGAAGAUGUGACUGGUCCAAAUACAAAGAUAAAGUACAUGACCGAUGGAGUACUUCUACGUGAGACACUAAAGGAUUCUGAUCUCGCUAAAUAUAGUGUCAUAGUCAUGGAUGAAGCACAUGAAAGAUCUCUAAAUACGGAUGUGCUGUUUGGAAUUUUGAAAAAAGUUGUUUCUCAGCGUCGUGACUUUAAGCUCAUUGUGACAUCUGCAACCCUGGACGCUCAGAAAUUCUCCAACUUUUUUGGAGGUGCUCCACUCUUCGAAAUCGAGGGGAGGACGUUUGACGUUGAUAUCUUUCAUAGUAAGUGUCCUUGCGAAGACUAUGUCGAAGGUGCCGUGAAGCAGGCCAUGUCCAUUCAUAUCACGUGCCCUCCUGGUGAUAUCUUAAUUUUUAUGACUGGUCAAGAAGAGAUUGAAGCAACUUGCUUUUCCCUACAAGAGCGUAUGGAUGACCUUGCUUCCACCACCAAGAAAGGGGUUCCUAAACGGGUUCCUAAACUGUUGAUACUCCCAAUAUACUCCCAACUUCCAGCUGAUCUGCAAGCCAAAAUCUUUCAAAAAGCUGAAGAUGGGGCGCGGAAAUGUAUCGUUGCAACUAAUAUUGCUGAGACGUCACUGACGGUGGAUGGUAUCCUGUAUGUGAUUGACAGUGGUUAUAGUAAGAUGAAAGUGUACAAUCCUAGGAUGGGUAUGGAUGCACUCCAAGUGUUUCCAGUCAGCCAAGCUGCUGCUAAACAACGUGCAGGUCGUGCAGGCAGAACAGGCCCAGGUCAAUGCUACAGGCUUUACACUAAGUCUGCUUUUGAUAAAGAAAUGCUUCCGAGUCCUGUACCUGAGAUUCAAAGGACUAAUCUUGGUAAUGUUGUUCUAUUGCUGAAAUCACUGAAGAUUGAGAACCUGCUGGAUUUUGACUUCAUGGACCCGCCACCUCAAGAUAAUAUCCUCAACUCGAUGUACCAAUUGUGGAUACUGGGUGCCUUGAAUAACGUUGGGAGUCUGACAGAGCUGGGGUGGAUGAUGGUGGAGUUCCCAUUGGAUCCAUCACUUGCAAAAAUGCUUCUAAUUGGAGGACAACUUGGAUGCUUAAACGAGGUGUUGAUAAUUGUGUCCAUGUUAUCAGUGAGCAAUGUAUUCUUUAGGCCAAAAGCGCGUGCUGAGGAAAGUGAUGCAGCCAGGGAGAAGUUUUUUGUGCCAGAGUCUGAUCACCUGACGUUGCUCAAUGUAUACCAGCAGUGGAAAGCAAAUCAAUACCGUGGUGACUGGUGUAACGACCAUUAUUUGCAUGUGAAAAUAUUAAGAAAGGCCAGAGAGGUGAGGUCACAGUUACUAGACAUUUUGAAGACCUUGAAGAUCCCACUAACCACGUGUGGUCUGGAUUGGGAUGUCGUACGUAAGGCUAUAUGCUCUUCCUACUUCCACAAUGCUGCCAGACUAAAGGGGAUCGGUGAGUAUGUGAACUGCCGCAAUGGGAUGCCGUGUCACCUUCCUAAACAUAGUGCUCUGUAUGGACUGGGUCACUCUCCAGAUUAUGUGGUGUAUCAUGAAUUGAUUUUAACUACCAAGGAAUAUAUGCAAUGUGCAACGGAAGUGGAGCCACAGUGGUUAGCGGAGAUGGGUCCAAUGUUUUUUUCAGUCAAGGAUUCAGAUACCUCGAUGUUGGAUCACAAGAAGAAGCAAAAAGACGUGAAGACUGCAAUGGAGGAAGAGAUGGAGAAUUUGAGGAAGGAGCAAGCAGAAAUGGAGAAGGUAAACAAGGAAAAAGAGAAGCAGAAGAGGGCUAAGCAGCAGCAACAGAUUUUAAUGCCUGGAUAUACCAAAUGUUCGUCCACUUAUCUAAGACCAAAAAAGUUUGGAUUGUGA